AUGACUUCAACUGCAACUUUAGUCAAUUUACACUGCAACAAAAACGGUACACCUGAUCUUAGUUUGAAGCUUACAGCAACUGGGUUUGAAUCUUCUCAAUCUGUUACUAAAAGAAACUUGGAACCAAUUGAAUCCAUUUGUGAACAGGUAUCAAAUUUACUUGACAAAGUCAAAUCGAUUGAUCAUAAGCUUGAGGAUGUAUCUAAUGAAAUAGUUGACUACAUUAACAAUAAAUCAUUGAAAGAAAAUGACAAUAUUCGUGUUCUAGAAGAAAUAGUUCAACAAUUGAUUUAUAGAGUGGAUGAAGAUUAUUUCGAUUUUUAUGGUAAACUAAUCAAACAUGUUGUUUUGAAUAUUAAUCCAAAAAUAAGUUAUAAUGUGAGCAGAUCACUGUCAUGCAAAGAAGGAGGAAAAGGAGUGGCGGGAGAGGAAGAAUAUUGUAAAGGUGAUAGACUAUUCAAGAAAAUAUUAUUUGAGAGGUUGGAAAAAGAACUUGAAGAUGGCAUGAACCUAGAUCCAAUUUUAUUAUCAAACGAAUUUUGUAACAAUGAAGGUAGGAAUUGUGAAUGUAAUCAAGAGGAAUUGAUGAAAAAUAAAAAGUUCCUAUAUUUGUUGAGCAAGGAAAAAAAUCAUUAUAUUGGACUCGUUUAUAUGAUGUGUGAAUCUUUGAAAUUAAAUAUUAAUGGUGGGUGCAUUUGUGUAAUCAUGUAUAAUGUUGGAAAAUUGUUAUGUUCUGAUGAAUUAUAUAAUCCUAUUAUGGAGCAUUUCUUUUUAGAAUUGUAUUUUUUGAAUAAAUGGAAUGAAUUGAAUACUGAAAUCAAAGAGAUUAUAGAUGAAAUGGUUGAGUAUAAUUGGUCAAGAGACUCCAAAAUUAGAGCUAAAUUAUUGAAAUCUAAACGUGCUAGAAUAAUCAAUUUCAGGGAAUUCAGAAAUAUUAAAAAAGUUGGUAAAGGCUAG